AAUACGUCAGUGAAGAAAAGAACUAGACGACGUGGAGAAACGCCUCCGUAAGCAAUCCCUCUCUAUAUGAAUACCCCAAACCUCUCUCCCCUUUUGAAGACCAACUAAUUCCUUAGCUUUUCUCUCUGUAACUCACAAUGGCUGCUAGCACCAAAAACGGCGACGUUAGUGACUGCGGCGGGGACCUCAAGCCCCCUCUCCCGUUGGACUUCUCCAGCGACGAAGACGAUGAAAACGACGACGUUUCAUAUCUGAAUGAGUUGAUACAAAAAGCGAGAACGGAGAUUGAGGACUCGGUUCUGGACCCGCACAACGAGGGAAUCCCGGACAAGUGGGUCCCACGGAUUGCCUCCCUGGUGCGGCUCACAGGGAAGCACCCCUUCAACGCGGAGCCCCCACUCCCACUCCUCAUGCACCACGGCUUCAUCACCCCAGCGCCACUCCACUACGUCCGCAACCACGGUCCAGUCCCCAAAGCAAAUUGGGAAGACUGGACCGUGGAAGUAACCGGUUUGGUCAAGCGACCAAACCGGUUUAGCAUGAAAAACCUUGUGAAGGAUUUCCAUCACCGCGAGUUUCCCGCCACGCUCGUCUGCUCGGGGAACCGCCGCAAGGAGCUGAACAUCAUGAAGCCCACCUCCGGCUCCAGCAACACCGCCGGCAGCGCCUCCACCUCCGUGUGGCGCGGCAUCCCGCUGCGCCACGUGCUGCGCCGCUGCGGGAUCCUCGCACGUGCUAAGGGCGCGCUGCACGUGUGCUUCGAGGGCGCCGAGGAUCUCCCCGGCGGCGGAGGGUCCAAGUACGGAACCAGCAUCUCCAGGGACCUCGCCAUGGACCCCACGCGUGAUGUCAUCCUCGCAUACAUGCAAAACGGCGAGCACAUUCCGCCGGAUCACGGGUUCCCCGUGCGCCUGAUUAUUCCAGGGUUCAUCGGUGGAAGAAUGGUGAAGUGGCUCAAACGCAUUGUCGUUUGCGAGCAUGAGUCCGAUAAUCAUUAUCAUUACAAGGAUAACAAAAUGCUCCCUUCUCACGUCGAUGCAGAUCUUGCCAAUGAAGAAGGUUGGUGGUACAAGCAGGAGUAUAAGAUCAACGAGUUGAGUAUAAACUCAGUGAUAACUACGCCUUCUCACGAGGAGAUCUUGUCCAUCAACUCAUAUACUACGCAGAGGCCUUAUGAACUCAGAGGCUACGCAUAUUCCGGUGCUGGAAGAAAAGUGACUCGUGUUGAGGUAACAUUUGAUGGUGGAGAAACGUGGCACGUGUGCACAUUGGACCAUACUGAGAAACCAAACAAAUAUGGCAAGUAUUGGUGCUGGUGCUUCUGGUCUUUGGAAGUGGAGGUGAUAGACCUGCUUGGGACCAAUGAGAUUGCUGUUCGAGCUUGGGAUGAAGGCCUCAACACCCAGCCUGAACACCUCAAUUGGAAUCUUAUGGGCAUGAUGAACAACUGCUGGUAUAGAGUGAAAACAAAUGUGGGCAAGCCUGCCAAGGGUGAGAUUGGCAUAUUGUUUGAACAUCCAGCUCAACCAGGAAACCAACCAGGUGGGUGGAUGGGAAAGGAAAGACAUUUGGAAAAAUCACUAGAGAAAUUACCAAGCAUCAAAAGGAGUGGUUCCACUCCAUCCAUGAACAUAACCUCAAAAAGGUUCUCUAUUUCUGAAGUCAAAAAGCACUGCACCUCUGACUCUACUUGGAUCAUCGUCCAUGGCCAUGUCUACGACUGCACCCGCUUCCUCAAAGACCACCCCGGUGGCGUUGAUAGCAUCCUCAUAAAUGCCGGCACCGACUGCACCGAAGAGUUUGACGCCAUCCAUUCUGACAAAGCAAGGAGAUUGCUCGAAGAUUUUCGAAUUGGCGAGCUCAUGACCACAGACUACACCUCAGACUCAGAGCCUGACAACUCUAUGCAUGGCGAUUCUGAAUCCACCCAUUUGGCCCCUAUCAAGGAGAUCACCACACCAAGACCACAACGCAAGGUUGCACUUAACUCACGUGAGAAAAUCUCAUGCAAGCUUGUGUCGAAGACCUACAUUUCCCAUAACACGAGGCUCUUUCGUUUUGCGUUGCCCUCGGAGGACCAGCUCUUGGGUUUACCCGUGGGAAAGCACAUUUUCUUGUACGCCACCAUUGGUGACAAGCUAUGCAUACGAGCCUACACUCCAACAAGUAGUGUGGACGAAGUGGGGUUCUUUGACCUUCUUAUCAAGGUGUACUUCAAAGGCGUGCACCCCAAGUACCCAAAUGGAGGACUCAUGUCCCAACAUUUGGAUUCUCUCUCCAUUGGGUCUAUGUUGGACGUGAAGGGCCCGUUGGGCCACAUAGAGUACACCGGAAGAGGCAACUUCAUGGUUCAUGGUAAACAAAAAUUUGCAAAGAGACUAGCUAUGUUGGCUGGUGGGACCGGGAUCACACCCAUUUACCAAGUGGCACAAGCAAUUUUGAAGGACCCAGAAGACCACACUGAAAUGCAUCUAGUGUAUGCUAACCACGCCGAGGAUGAUAUAUUGUUGAGGGAGGAGUUGGAUGCGUGGGCAAAGACACAUUGUGAUCGGUUCAAAGUGUGGUACGUGGUGGGAAUUGCAAAGGAAGGGUGGCAAUACAGUGUGGGACGCAUCACAGAGAGUAUUAUGAGGGAGCACCUUCCAAAAUCAUCGAGCGAUGCCUUGGCUUUAACGUGUGGGCCACCACCCAUGAUUGAGUUUGCGGUGCAACCUAACUUGGAGAAGAUGGGGUACGAUAUCAAGAACGACCUGCUUGUGUUUUAGGGCACAAAGAAGUAGAUUACUAUAUUAUGUUGACUAUCUAUGCAUGUGUAUUUUUAUUGUUGUUUGUGUAUCACCAAUUGUUAGAGCAUUGCUUGUUUCAUUAUUUGUAAUGGUGAAAGAAAGAACAACUGAUGUCUAUAUAUAAACCAUAUUAUCCUUUUUUUUUC